CCGACGCGGGCCGCCCGGCUCUCCUCGCCGCCGCCGCCGCGGCGGGCGCAGGGCCGCGCGGAGACGCCUGAUCCCUGCAGCGCCGGCGGGCGGCGUCGCAGAGCGGAGCCAGCCAGAGGCGCCGGGACUCCCGCAGGAUCGGCUGUCAGGCCUCAGGAUGAUGAAAGAGUCCGAUAUGCCACUUAAUCUUCACCUUUUCCCUCUCAGUAUUGGAGGCAGUCAUCUUGUUCAUUUUUGAAGGCUGUAGUCAACCCACCAAGAAAUACAGCCAGGCUAGAGGGGAGUCCAAGGAUGCCGCAGAGGGUCUCCCUUUGUCCUAUGACGAGAGGAAUUAUGCAGAGGUGAGAGUGAUUUCCCAGUGACCGCUUUGGCCAGUACAACCAGAGAACAGGAUUCUUCUCUUCUUUUUGGCCACUAAAUGCCUCUGUGCACCACACUUUCCAGUGAAGGAGGAAGGGCGGAGCUUCUUGGAUGACGAUGGACAUUCCACGGGGCAGGAUGAGGGCAGAGUGUGUGACAUCAACACCGCAAGGGUCCAGCGUGAACUCCGUCUCCCUUCCCAGCCAGCUCUCCGCCGCCUGUAUCCACCAUGGUGUUUGGUGAGAUUUUCCAUCGCCCUGGACAAGACAAGGAACUUGUCAACUUGAACGUGGGGGGCUUUAAACAGUCCAUCGACCAGAGCACCCUCCUGCGCUUUCCUCACACCAGGCUCGGGAAGCUGAUCAGCUGCCACUCGGAAGAGGCCAUCCUGGAGCUGUGUGAUGACUACAGCGUGGCCGAUAAAGAGUACUAUUUCGAUCGGAACCCCUCCCUGUUCAGAUAUGUCCUGAAUUUUUAUUACACGGGGAAGCUACACGUCAUGGAGAAGCUGUGCGCGUUCUCGUUCUGCCAGGAGAUCGAGUACUGGGGCAUCGACGAGCUCUUCCUCGAUUCCUGCUGCAGGGACCGCUACCAGGAGUGCAAGGGGGAAAACCACGACAAGGGCUGGGACCAGAAAAGCAACAACGUGAGUGCCGACUCCUCGUUCGAAGAGUCGUCUCUGUUCGAGAAGGAGCUGGAGAAGUUUGACAAGCUGCGAUUCGGUCAGCUCCGGAAGAAGAUCUGGAUUCGCAUGGAAAACCCAGCCUACUGCCUGUCGGCCAAGCUCAUCGCCAUCUCCUCCCUGAGCGUGGUGCUGGCCUCCAUUGUGGCCAUGUGCGUCCACAGCAUGUCGGAGUUCCAGAACGAGGACGGGGAGGUGGACGACCCCGUGCUGGAAGGCGUCGAGAUCGCGUGCAUCGCUUGGUUCACCGUCGAGCUGGCCAUCCGGGUAGUUGCUGCUCCCUGUCAGAAGAAAUUCUGGAAAAACCCUCUGAACAUAAUCGACUUCGUCUCCAUUAUUCCCUUUUAUGCCACGUUGGCUGUAGACACCAAGAAGGAAGAGAGUGAGGACAUCGAAAACAUGGGCAAGGUGGUCCAGAUCCUCAGGCUUAUGAGGAUUUUCCGCAUCCUCAAGCUUGCCCGGCACUCGGUAGGACUUCGGUCUCUCGGUGCCACACUGAGGCAUAGCUACCACGAAGUUGGGCUGCUGCUUCUCUUCCUAUCGGUGGGCAUUUCCAUCUUUUCUGUGCUUAUCUACUCUGUGGAGAAAGAUGACCACACGUCCAGCCUCACCAGCAUCCCUGUCUGCUGGUGGUGGGCCACCAUCAGCAUGACAACCGUGGGCUACGGAGACACCCACCCAGUCACCUUGGCUGGGAAGCUUAUCGCCAGCACGUGCAUCAUCUGUGGCAUCUUGGUGGUGGCCCUUCCCAUCACCAUUAUCUUCAACAAGUUUUCCAAGUACUACCAGAAACAAAAGGACAUCGAUGUGGACAAGUGUAGUGAGGGCCCACCAGAGAAGUGUCAUGAGCUCCCUUACUUUAACAUUAGGGACAUUUAUGCCCAGCGGAUGCAUGCCUUCAUCACCAGUCUCUCUUCUGUGGGCAUCGUGGUGAGUGACCCCGAUGCCACAGACGCUUCAAGCAUCGAAGACAACGAGGAUGUUUAUAACAUGGCAUCCUUGGAGAAUUGCACGGCAAAAUGAGCCGGGACGUUUGUGCCUGUACCUCGUGUCCCUUACCGAUGUUAGGUUAACACAGCUUUAUAAACCUCAGUGGGUUCGUUAAAAUCAUUUAAUUCUCAGGGUGUACUUUUCAGCCAUAGUUGGACAUUUCAUUGCUCUGAAAUGAUAGAAACGUCUUUAUUUUUUUCAGUGAGGCGAAUUAAAUGCCUUGCUCUGAAAUUUAUUCUUUACAAGAGAGAGUUGUGAUACGAUUUUUGAAAAACAAAAGGUAGAUGGUAUUGGGUGGGAUUUCUUGCUACGGCUUACGUAUCAUUCUGUGUUUAUCCUUUACUCACAUUGAGCUAACUGUCAAUUACUGACAAGUAGAAUCAAAGGCCCAGCUGACUGAAGACUACAUGCAUGUAAGAUCCACAAAAUGAGACGAUGCAUGUCAAUCCAUGUUCACGUUCUAAACAUGGAUAUUAGGAGCCUAAUAA